GAGCUCUGUACGCUGUCCUCGUCUCUUACCCACACUUCAGUGUUGUCGAGAGUGAAAGAACACAACAAUGGCGGCUACCACGACUCUGGGCUUCGUUCUACCGACUGGUUUAUCUCCCCGUCGCGGUGGCUUCAGAGUAUCACUGAUCCGAUGCUCCGCUUCUCCUCUCACUACUAACUCCACCGCCUCUGGCCUUGUGGAGAAGCCUUGGAAUACAUAUGACGCUAGGCUUGUGUUAGAAGACGGCUCCAUCUGGCCUGCUAAGUCAUUUGGUGCUCCUGGAACACGUAUUGCUGAAUUGGUCUUUAACACCUCAUUGACAGGGUAUCAAGAGAUUCUGACUGAUCCUAGUUACGCUGGGCAGUUUGUGUUAAUGACAAAUCCACAGAUUGGUAACACCGGUGUGAAUCUCGAUGAUGAAGAGUCUGAGCAAUGCUUUCUUGCUGGUUUGGUGAUAAGAAGUCUAAGCAUCAGUACCUCAAACUGGAGAUGCACUAAGACACUUGCUGACUAUCUAACCGAAAGGAACCUCAUGGGAGUUUAUGAUCUUGACACUCGUGCAAUAACACGUCGGUUAAGAGAAGAAGGCAGUCUUAACGGUGUGCUGAGCACAGAACAAACCAAAACUGACGAAGAGCUUCUGCACAUGUCCCGUUCUUGGGAUAUUGUAGGUAUUGAUCUGAUAAGUGAUGUUUCAUGCAAAUCUCCUUACGAGUGGGUUAACAAAACAGACCCUGAAUGGGAUUUCAACUCGGCUUCACGCGACGGGGCAUCUUACAGAGUUAUUGCAUAUGACUUUGGCAUCAAACAUAACAUCCUGAGACGCCUAUCCUCUUACGGAUGUCAAAUCACGGUUGUUCCGUCGACAUUCCCAGCUUCUGAGGCGCUUAAAAUGAAUCCAGACGGGAUUCUGUUCAGCAACGGUCCUGGAGACCCUUCUGCUGUGCCGUAUGCUGUUGAGACGGUGAAAGAGCUUCUUGGUAAAGCUCCUGUGUAUGGGAUCUGUAUGGGUCAUCAGUUGCUUGGCCAAGCUUUGGGUGGUAAGACCUUCAAGAUGAAGUUUGGUCAUCAUGGUGGAAACCACCCGGUUCGUAAUAACAGAACUGGCCAGGUGGAGAUCAGUGCUCAGAACCAUAACUAUGCGGUUGACCCGGCUUCACUACCUGGAGGUGUGGAAGUGACACAUGUUAAUCUCAAUGAUGGGAGCUGUGCGGGUCUAUCUUUCCCGGAGAUGAAUGUCAUGUCUCUCCAGUACCACCCUGAAGCCUCCCCUGGACCUCACGACUCUGAUAACGCAUUUAAAGAGUUCAUAGAGCUUAUGAAGAGAUCGAAACAGAGCUCCUGAGGAAAACAAGUCUUUGUUUUUGUUUACUUCGCACUUAAAUUAAACACGUGUUUUUUUUUUGUUACUGACAAUGGAGUGAAACUAUUGUUCUGGCUGUGUGAUCAUGUUAAAGGAACCAUUCCACACU